UAAGAAGAAGUGUACUUAGCAAGAAAUUUUCUGAAACAGCUGUUGAAUCUCUAAACAAAAUUUUUGUAUUACAAUGUCAAACAAAAUAUAAAUAUAAAAAUUAUUAUUUCAAAAUGGCGAGCUGGGCUAAAAAUCAGCCUUCCGGAAAUAAUACUAGAAGAAAAUGGAAUUUAGAAGAUCGUACUUCAUUAAACAAUCUGAAGUAUCAUAUAGCUGCGGAGGGUUGUUCGGAUGUCCAAUACGAUUUGGCCAAACAGUUGCUGGAUAAAACAAUCGAACAAAAUGAAGCGACAUCAAGCCAACAAGCUAUACAUUGGCUACUACGCGCAGCACAACAAGGACACGAAGAUGCAACUAAACUCUUGCGUCAAUGCUAUGAGGAAGGUUGUGGCAUAACCACAGAAAAUGAAGCCGAAGUACGUUGUUGCCUCUCAAUGACAGCAGGUGAGCGUGCUGCUCGCAAAGCCGCGCGUGAACUAUUUUCUUGCCUUGCCAAUGGCGGCGAGCAUAUUACGCCACGUCAACUUGAGCGUAAAAUGCGUGAAAUAUAUAAUCUGCAAAAAAAGAGGCGCCAUCAUGGAUAUUCGACUUCAACAUCGGAAGAAGAGACUGAAGAUGAAUAUGCAAAUCGUAGACAUGAGCCUUUAACAGAUGCUGCCGGUGUUGGUAACGGACAUGUCAACUUGCCUACACGUUCCAGACAACAACGACAACAUAGGCGUCGUGUCACUUCAUACUCAAGAGAAAGAUCUGCGUCGUCAAUACGCGUUAUAACAGAGGAGAAUCUAGUAUCAGCAGCUGUUAAUUAUGCUGCCGGUCGUAUGCCCGCUGUAAACGAUGACCUAACUGUAUCUGUACCACAUCCUGCUACAUUGGAUCAUGUACCGUGUUUCCAUCGGCUACUAUUCCAUCCAGUACUCUUUUGCACAUUACUAUAUCACCGAUUAGUGAAUAUCAUGGCUGCUUUCCCUACUGUAGUCUCACCCACCGUACGCAUGGCUUUACUCUUCGCAGUAUACUGGUUAGCCUCGAGUGACAAUAUUACAGUAUAUUUACCAGUGGCAAUCUACUAUCUUUGUUUAGCCAUCAUGAUAUGUUCCACAUGCAAGAUGCUUAAGACAAAACAAGAUUUCAUCGAUUUUCGCAUUUGGUCUGGACUCUUCCUAAGUUACGGUGAUCAUAAUGUUGAGGCUACUAUCUCGGAAAAUCUUUUCUUAAAAAACAAUCUUAAGCCUUACUUAUAUUUCUUUUGUGCAUUAAUUGGAAAUUUGAUGGUAUCACCAUUAAUAGCAACCGGUUGGCUGGCCCAUUCAGAAUUAACCAUAGUUUCGUGUAUAUUUGGUCUUGCCUCGCUUGUGAUGUUCAUGUAUUCGUCCGUUCGCAGAUUUCCUGAUUGGAUUGCGCUAAUAUCGUUUGCUGUAAAUGUUCUGGCGAAAUAUCCAUACGAAAUGGACGACGUAGUUACUACAGGCUGGCGAUUUUUGGAUCUCAAAGUACCCACAUUCUGUUCGUUUGUCAUCGGCAAUGGCAUUGAAUUCUGUUUAAAUUGUCGCACAGCACUAUAUUUGUUAAUACCGGGUUUUCUAAUACAUCUAGCUGCACGCAAUAAUUGGCACGGCAUCUACACGCAUCUCAUUCCGCAUUGUGUCACUUUAAGUUGGCUACAAUUAUGUAUCACAGCUUCACAAAGUGCCACAAUGUUCGGUAUGAUCAGAGCUACACUAGGUCUAGCUGGUAUUCUGCUAUUCUUACCAUUAUUUGGUUUGGUUUCGUUGUUGAUACCCGUGUUUGUAAUCAUCGAUUGGAUGGGUUUCACCGAUCCGGGUAUACGCUUGGGCAGUACACUUGUAGCGGCUAUUUUUGUACUUCUCGGCUCAUGUUUUCUUGCGUUGCACCGUACAACACAGAAAUACGUAACCAUCAUGCAGGUGGUACUUUGCAUCAUGGCAGCCUGCAUACUUACUUUCCCCUACAUGACCGCAAAUUUUAAGGAUUCCCCACGCUUCAGCAAUAUCGUAGCGCACGAUAAAGGUGAAUCUAUAAUUAAUACCAUGGAUAACAAUGAUAAUGUUGAGGAAAGAAUAGAUGAUGUACACAAACAUGAAAACGAAAUGCCAUCAAUAACGGGACCUCUGCACUGGCAACGUUUCUAUACACUAUGCGGUCAAGCAGCUAACGAGCAAAGCAAUAAAAUCAAGUCGCAACUACGUUGUGCAUAUUUGGAAGGUAUGGACGUGAUAUGGGCGGGUACCGUAACCCAAGUUCAUAUUAGCCGCGUUUCCAAUAUACGUGCUGAAUAUCUAAAUAGAUAUUUGCCACCCUGGCUUAGUCGUUGGAUUAGCUGCAUGUACGGUUCAUACGUACGCGAGCAACUACAAUGCGGUGCGGAAGAGAAAGAAAUUCUCUGCAAAGAUAUAGAUAUCUUGCUAAAGCAUAGUGCAUUACAAGGUAAAUGUUCCUUGCAUCAGUGGAAUAGGUAUGAAUAUGAGAUACAUGUACGCAUGCCAACACAGGGUUUGUUAAGCAAAAGUAUCGAUAUUGUGCUACAAGCCAGUCACAAAUUUGGUAAUUUCACUCGUGCCUUGUUGGUAGGUGAUCGUCUUCAAUUCUACGGUACACUACAAAAUAAUCGACCGCCUUCGGCUGAUGGUAUGCGUGAACGUGAGGAUUUUAUUUUAGGUGCCUCACAGACACGCAUACAGCUGUUGGCUGUUAAAUGUGUACAAUGCGUUGAUAAGACGCUUAAGAUGGUAAGCGUGGAACGCAAGUCGCCGUUGAAUGCUCGAAUGCGUGAUCUUAGGCGCGGUUUUAAGUAUUUGUUGAAUGUUUUGUUUAAUCCACUGAUAACAUUCAAAUAAUUUUAUACGCUAUAACUGUACUUGUAUUAAAUAUUAAUACUCACCCACACAAUCAUGACAAAUGAAUUGUAAAAUAAAAACAAUAUUGAAUUAAAAUAAAUAUGUGGAUGUGUAUCUAAA